CAAAUAGCUAUCGUUGUAAAUGUUUGUGUAUAUUAUCUUUUGUUUUGUCCAAAAUUUUGUAAAAACUUUUUAAGUUUCUAUAACAACAAGUGUAGAGUAGUUAACUUUGUCUAAAAUAGAAAAAAUGGAUAUAUCUGGUGCAUGCGUUAUUUACUUCUGAAUUUAUAUAAAAAAAAACAAUUUUUAUUGCUACAUGAAAUAAAAUUUAUACCGCGAUAAAUUGAAAUAUCCAAUCUCCAUUCAGUUUAUGAGAUGUUAUUGUUAGUUUGGACACUGGGAGCUGAUUCGCAAUGGUGUUUGCUGUUACUAUGCUUAAUAGAAGUAACAAGUACACUAAAAUAUAUAACACUAAGUAAUCACUAUCGCCACUCUCCGAAACCUCGGGUCAUAAAAGGAAUAUCUGAUGUCAACAACGAGUAUCCAUUUGCAGUAUCUCUAGAGCGCAUUAAACCAGUAAUAUUAGGAUUGCAAAUCUUCAGAAAAUGCACUGGUUCUUUGAUCAAAGACAAAUGGGUGUUAACUGCGGCCCACUGUCUCGGCCCAAGUUUGAAACUAGUCAGAUGUGGCAAUAUGAUGUUACCAAGAAACAAAAGCAGGUGUUUGGUGAAAAUUCGCAAAAAAAUUCCACAUCCCGCAUUCAAGUUACUCGUAGGCGAAUCGGAUAAUUUUUUGCUUGAAAACGACGUAGGAUUAUUAUUAAUAGACAAUGUUCCAAUUAAAACGCAUGGACAAUUGCACACUGCAGAUUAUAAAACUUUUACGGGCAGAGCGUGUAAAUAUGCUGGAUUUGGAUCGAUAUUUCCAGAAAUUGGCACGCCUAAAGAACACGUGCAAAAAUUGUUGAUCAACAAUAAAAUGCUUUUGCAAAUCGGCGAAGGUGUUGUGUGGAAUGACAAUAGUCUUAAAAAAUAUGUUAAACCAGUGAUAAUUGUUGCGCCGAAACCUGAUAAAAAGCACCAAGCACCUAAUAUAGGUGAUUCAGGUGCUCCAUUGAUGAUUGACAAUAGAAUUGUUGGUGUUUACAGUAUAAGUGACAAGAUGCGAAAGAAUCAUACAAAUUACUCUUUCUUUACUCCAAUUAGUCCGUAUUUAGAUUUCAUAAGGAAUAUUACUAAUAGUCCAGACUCAUACCUUAACCAGCUUGCAGUACCAUAAUAAGUUAAAAAACUUCUGUACAUUUUUUUUUCUACUGUAUACGUAUUGAUAUAUUUACAUGAAAACAAAAUUAGGCGAUAGAGUUAUAGGUAAUAGAGUAAGAAUUUUAAAAAAUCUGUCUGUUUGUCUGUAUGUCUGUUUAUCUAAUGUACACACUAAUCUCCGGAACUACUGGACGGAUUCGAAUGAAACUUUUUUGUUAUAUAGGUAUUAAGCCUGGGACAACAUAUAGGGUAUAAAUGAUUUUGAAAACUAGAACACCUGAUGGAGAACAAGAAUGGUCCAGCUAAACAAUAGGAAAUAUAGAAAAUGAUGACUUAACAAAAAUUGUUCAGUCUGAUGAGCACUUUCUGUUGAGGUAAAAAAAUCGAAUAUCUAUGGAACACCUGAAGAAGAAUCAUAUAAUAUACAAAUGACACGUUAACAAACGUUUUUUAGUCUGAUGGGCAUAUUCUGUAUAGGUAUCAUUACGCUUUGUCUGUACAGUUAAAUUUCUCUAAUAAUAAUGACUCCUUACCAAAAAUAGUUCGGCCACGCAAACGAAGUUGCGGGCAUCAGCUAGUUAUUAAUAGAAACUAGCUACGCCCUUGGGCUUACGCUCCCGUGUGAAUUUCUGGAUAAAAAGUACCCUAUGUACUAUUCCAUUAUAUUCUACCCGAGUACCAAAUUUCAUGACAAUCCGUCCAGUAGAUUUUGCAUAAAACAUACACACAUACAUCCUCACAAAGUUUCGCAUUUACGAGUAUAAUAUUAAUAGGAUAAGCAUUUAUUUUGAUCAUUUUAUGUGAAAGGGAACGAAUCAUUUGAACUCUAGGAAACAGAAAACACGAAUUGCAAAUAUUGAAAAUAAAUUUGCUUUUAAUAUAGUUAUAAUUCCCAAUUAAAUUGUAUUUUUAAUUUUAUUUAAAUCUGUAUAUUGUUAUAUGAUUGAUUAAAUAUUUCAUAAAGAAUA